AUGGCGAGUCAUCAGGUGGUAGCGGUGAAGGGCUCGCUAUACCGCAAGAAGCUGCUGCUCUUGCACCUCCAAGGCCAAGGAGUCUCGCUCGUUGAACCUCUUACUAUGAAGGAAAGCUGGAGCUGGUCCUUCCUCGAGGAUAGUCUGUGUCUUGCUCCAUCUGCUACAGAUCCUGACGACAUCAUCAUUACGGUAAAGUCGAAAGCUUCGGCGAUGAAACGCGUGAUUGGCAUGACUGGAGACAUAGAGUCACGAUGGGUCAUCUCAUGCACGAAUAGGAGCAAAUUACUAAGCGAGGCUCUUUUUAUGCGUGAUGCUGUGUUGGGGGAGUCGCAUGACCCAAGCGUCCACAUGGCUCUUUAUGGGAAAGUUUGGGACGGUCAACCGAGGCUUCAAGUGCAGCUGCUUAUCAGACCUUAUUCUUUCUCAAUCUCGAAAGGCGACGGAGAAGUGCUGGAAGACAUAGCCUUGUUUGCAAUUCAAAAACUCAGAAGAUUGGGCGAUACACCUGGGGGAUUCGCACUCAAAUACAUGUUCCAAUGGCAUAUCUUCACAUGUGAUGAGAGAGAUUCAGUCAUCAACACGAUUAAAGGAAAUUGUUUGAAGAUAGGCAGUAAUCUUGAUCUUGGAUGCUCAGUUUCGUUCACGGAGCUCGAACAAGAGGCCAUAAGUCUUGAUCGAACCAGGGCGUGGAGAAAGGCUUCUCCUGAGCCUCUUGUCUUGCUGCUGACUGGCAAAGAAAUCCUUGAAUGUCAGGCUGAUACCAUGAGAGUGAACGUGUGCAGGGCGCUGUCGUCUCUUGUCAGUGUGCAGAGAAGUUUACAUGAGCUUCAACGAUUUUGUCUGGUUUUUGAUGAUGGUUCAGCUCAUAUCUAUGAAACUGCGAAUCGCGAUGUUUUGCUGGUAGCUUUAGAAUCAAUUCUCUAUGACGCAAGAUUUCAUUCCAGUGGGACACGCGUAAUGCCGUCAGAAGUGAUGGCGCACUCUCGCAUGGUUCCUUACAGUGCAUCUCCUGAAUUCGUCAUCUUUGCUGAGUCUGUCGUGCUGAAACGUCUUGCUUCGUUGGUUGACAGCGGACUGCUUAUUGGAGGAGAUGACCACGACUUGUUAAACCCGUAUGUCGUUCAAGCAGCGAUGGAUUUUUGUUCGAACAAUUCAGAUAUUGCUGUCAAUGGUACUCUUGAUUCCAAAGACUUUGAGAUGGCAGUGAGCUGUGUUGUAAAGCAGUUGGGGGGGAUCAGCUCUUUGUACACAGGAGACAACACGGAUCUUGUUGUGCUGUUGAAUGCCCUCUGCUUUCUCUUGCAGAACAAGAUGGGGUUUGUUGCUUUCUUGAAGAUUUUCUCUGAUUUCCUCGACACUUUUUCUGGCUUUGUCAAGUUCUUGAUGAUGAGCUUAAGUUCGAACCACAAGGAAAUACAGAUUUGUACUCUUACAACUUUGAUAAUAAUUUGUUCUCCACCGCAAACUGAAGCUCAAGACUUCAAGAACAGGUCUGAUUUACAGCGGAGCCUGAAAUCUGUGAUGGUUUCGAAGAAUCUAUGCUACCACCUAAAAAGCAUAGCUUACCUUCACAGUUUGGAUGCGAAAAGUGGUUCUGCUUGCAUACUAAUGGAAACGCUCAAGUUGUUUCAUUGCCUACUUUGCAACCCCGGCAACCUCACGACCUCAGAGGAAAUCAUUCAGAUUCUAAAAGAGCUUCUUGCAGACAACAGCAUGAUGAUUAGCCUUCUGAGUCACAAGUCUCGUCCUAUCUCUUCAAUCACCUGGUCAUUAUUUGAGCAGAUUGUCUGCUCAUCCGACGAUUCUUUUGUCACUUCAAUGUCGCAAUCUGCAUUGGAAGACGGAGAAGGAGCCUUGCUCCGUCAAUUUCAUACUGCUCUAUUUCAUCCUGAUCAGGAACAAAGAAUCGUCUCUGCAAAGAUGGUGGCAGUUUGGAUUGAAGGGAACAAAGAAACUGUUGCAUUGAUUCGUCGUAUUCUACCUCGUGGAAUGGUUUCUCUCGCUCCGCAGAUGGAAGAUGCGGAGCUCAAUUGGAACAUCUGUCACAAUGGAAUGGUCUGGCUGGUGGAGCGUCACUCUGGGAAUCAAGUCAUCAAGACAGAUAAGAUGAUUGAGGCCGGAAAAGAGACAUCAUACAAGCAACAAGAAUACAGGUUCUGGUAUUGUUCCGAGCUGGAAGAAGGUCGAGCUUGUCUUCUUUCGGAGAUUCAAGAACUUUUACGAGCACAGAAGAUCAAGCCUGGUUCCUUCUUUCGCCUCAAGGGGCAGGAUCAGUGGAAACCUCUCUCUGAGAUCCCGCAGCUCUAUCUCACCGUUGGGCUGCGAGGGAAAGGGAUGAACAACGUCGAUGUCAGUGUUACGCUCACCUUGUGUGGGCAUGAGAAAGUUGUGGAUGAAACCAUCAAUCUACUUCUGGAAAUGCUUAAUUCAGGUGAUACAAUCUCUCUACGAAAGCUUUACAAAACAGGACUGUUUUAUUUUCUCCUUGCCUAUCAACGUUCAAAUGUAUAUGGGAUAUCAUCAGUCCUGAAAAAGACUCACAUGGAUCAAGACUUUUAUCGCAGGGACUCGCCCAUGGAUAAUUCCUUUUCUGCGAGCAGAAGCAUUCUACACGAUCUCCUUCCUGAGUCUCUCAUUUGCUUCCUUCAACGGCAUCCUCCAGAUAAAUUUUCGGAGAUGUUUCUUGGUGACACAAACAAUCCCGAGGCCAUAUGGCACAACAACAUGCGGAGGCACCUGAUUGAUGAGAUUUCACGACAUAUCUCUGACUUCACCUGUCUCCUGAGAGAGAAUGUCCUUACCGAGUAUGACUACACCCCUCUGCUCAGUCCAAUUCAAUAUGCCGAGCUGCAAGAGGAGGUCUGGUGUCACAACUUCUACUUGCAGAACCUUUGCAAUAUAGAUCUUUUUCCUGACUGGCCAAUCUACGAGCCGUUCGAAGUUUUACGAUCUAUCAUUGAAAGAUGGACAGAGCAGAAUGCGCAAGGCUCGACAUCUUCAACCAUGACGUCUGAACUUGCUUUCAAGAAGCUUGGCCUCCAGAAGACGGAUGACAUGCAACAGAUCCGCGCAGUUUACAAGAAGCUUGCGGUGCAACUACAUCCAGAUAAGAAUCCAAAUGGAAGGGCUGAGUUUGAAGAAAUUCAAUCAGCUUACGAGUAUUUGUCCAAGGCUUACUUAGAGAGCAAUUCUCAUGGUGGUUCUUCACUUCGGUCAAAGGAGAUUCACCUGCUUCUCCGAGCACAAUCGAUUCUCUAUCGGAGAUGCGGGACGUCGUUAUCGGUCUAUCGCUAUCCAUGUUAUCAAUCGCUUUGUCAGCUGAUAGAGAGGGAGAGAUUGCGCGAUAAUUUUGAGCUCCUGUGUGCUGCUUUUGAACUCAUCGCGCUGUCAAUAUCAGUCGACCGCGGGAACGCUCAGGAAUAUGUAUUAUCCGGCGGUUACCCGCUGCUUAAGGAGGGCUUGGUAAGAUGGUUAUCAGAUUUGCAACGCUCCACUAAGAGAGGAGACCUGAGACUCCGGGCAUCCGCAUUCAUCUGCCAAGCUUUGAGCGCAAUAGUUGACAACGAGGAGGUAGAGAGUCGACUCUUUCAUUCAGAUCUCAACUCUCAAGCUCGGGAUUCACUUUUUCUUUAUAUCCAUCACUCUCUAGAACUCGAUCAAUCUCCUGCCCUCAUAACUGCUUCUCUAUACUUCUGUCUCAAUGCUUCCAAGUUCAAGGACAUCGUCAAAGAAUUGUUGGCUCGCGGGAGUUUUUGGAGCUUUCUUGCAAUUCUAUUCACAUUUGAAGUUGGAGCGGGACUUGCUAAGGAAUAUCUUGAGCAGAACUUAGAAACAUCUCAAUAUACAAAGAUGCCCCCUUUCCUACUCGAUGAACACAUUGCUUCAAUUCAGAACUGGCACGGAGUUUUGACAUUGUGGAUGCUGUCCAAGUGGUCAAACAUUCUGGAAGAAGAUGGCUCCUUAAGCCCGUCAAGUUUAUCGCUGCGUCAAGAUCUCAACUCAUGUUUGACACCCUCUCUUGGAUCUCGUGUGAUCUUUCUUUGUGAUGAGAUUGAAAUGGAGGCAAGUAAAAUGGGUUUUCAUCACAAUCAAUCCUUGCAAUACGCAGCACAAAAAGCCAUAGACAUUCUUGUUAUCAUCUCAACAAGAUCUGAGUCUCCUUCCUGUCUAUGGAAUAUGCAAAUGCGAACACGACUGCAAUCCUAUAUCACAAGUAAGCGAGGAGAAUAUUUGCACUCCUGCGGUCAAGACUUGAUAUAUGAAAAUCUUCUCAACGAGCUAUACAUCUCUGGUACAUAUCUACGUCUUCUGGCACAAGGCGCUUGCGAUGACGUCGCAAACAGACACAAGUUGUGUCAUUGCAUCCUCCGAUUCAUACAUAAGCACCUGCAGAGGAACGAUGAUGUUGAAAAGCUACUGCAGCAUGCGGGAGAGCAUGUGUCGCUAAUGCUUGCUGACUCAUGGAAAGAUCUCGCUGGUUCUGUCUCGGAGAAUGACUUCUACGGAAGAGUCAGCGUUCAGUAUCCUUACAGUCAGCAACAUUUUGACGAAGAUCUUGUCCUUGGUUUGGAAGCCGUUCGAGCCAUUGUUGUUCAUGAGCAUCAAUUGCAUUGUAAUGCUCCCGAAAAUCAAAAUCUCUUUCCUCCCUGCGCAGCGCAAUGCUUGCGGUGGCUUCCUCUUCUCCUUUUCGUUGCUUCUGUGUCCUGUAAGGCCUGCAACAGUAUUUCAAGGAUCGUUGUUGACAUUUCGAGAAUUUACAAGUUGCAUUUUGCUCGUUCCUUGCAAAGCCCAGGUCUGAUGGAUUUCUUCAUGAAAGUUGCGAGGACUUGUGAUGGAUUCUUGAAAUCUAUCAUCAGUGGCGUGCAGGAGUUACUCAGUGAUGGAGAUUUUCUUGAAGAAUUUCGCGUGCGUGGCGGUGUGAUAGAUUUGCUGGCAUUCAGCCUUCUGGGUGACCAGCAUGCUUUGUCGCAAGGUCUCGACACGCUUUGUUGUGCUAUGAGGGAAUCGCUUCAUGGGCAGAAGAUUUGCAAAGAUGUGUCAAGAUGGUUCCCUCCUGCUUUAGCACGCAGUUUGUUAUCAUCUCCUGCUGAUUGUAUCAUGCUUCUGCAUUCGACUAGUCGAUCAGCCGAAUUCAUAUGGAACAAGACCUGCAUGGACGAAUUAACAGAAAGUGUGCGCAGGGUACACUCUGAUUUGAUCAAAGCAGAUCAUGUCCUGGAGCAAGGCGAACAAUGGAAGAUGGAGUUUUCAGAGUAUGAGGGAUUGAUUAUCGUGGGAGACAUUUUUAUCGAUGUUUUCGUCAAGGAUCCGAUGGCAAAACUACCAAAUCCAACGGGAUUUCUUGAUGCCCUUGUUAAUGCAAUUUUGAUUAUGAUUGAACAAGAUGUUCAGGAGAUUGAAUUCUUCGAUGAAAAAGGCAUGUUUACAAAGUUUCGCCGCAGCGACAGGCAGGUGUUAGACAGAAUUGCAGAAGCUCUGUUUACCUUUGUACGCAUAAGAAGUUCUCUCACUUCGCAUCUUUCAAAAUCUGGAUCCAUACAGAGGAUUCAUAGAUGCAUCGAAACAUUCACCGUCCAGGGUGCCAGGGGAUCAAAGCAAUCUUUGACUUUGUUCGUGAUCGCAAAGACUCGCGAUUGA